UGGUCACGUGAUCCAAUCCGAAAAUGCUCGAGAAUCGAUUAUUGACGCCCGUUGCAGCCGUAUUGGCAUCCUUUCUCGCUACUUCUCUUUCCGUCAGGCUCGAGAACGACGAAGUUCGCGCCGCAGACUUCGAAAUCGUUAACGACGCGUUCGGUGACGUGCAUCUCAAAGUGCUGCGCAACGUGCACACCAACGAGUCGGUAUCGGUCAUCUACGACUUUGGAGGACGAAUCGAAGACAUCGAGCUUUUAUCCAAACGGAGCGGAAAACUGAAGUCGAUGAUAUGGACGCACAGCCGCAAUGCAACAGCAGUGAGGGAGAACGAGAGCUGGCGCGGUCAGAUCCUCUUGCCUUACGCCAAUCGAGUAAAGAGGGGCAUCUAUGAGUUCCAGAAGACAUUCUACCGUCUACCGAUCGCUGACUACCAGCUGCAUCAUGCCAUGCACGGUCUCUUGUUCAAUCAGACUCUCACAGUUGUGGAGCAGAGUGUUGACAAGGAGGAUGGUGCUUUGCUUGUGUUGGGAUAUAAUUUCACGGGAGAGGAUUUGGGGUAUCCGUUCCGGCUGCACGUUCUUCUCGAUUAUAUGUUGAGGUCUGAUGGGUUUUACUUCAGAGUUCAUGCACGAAAUGCGAUGGAACGAGAGCCAUUGCCGUUUCAUGUCGGUUGGCAUCCUUACUUUCUGGUAUCGGAUGUAUCGAAGGCGAUAGUGAUGUUUGAUAAUUCGACUUUGUGGAACCACGUGGACGUGACCAACAAUUCCAACGUCUACACUGACCUCAUACCGACCGGUCUCACACAUCUGUGGGAUAACUUUACACGCGGGGCUCCUAUUGGUGGAGAUAUGGGUAACCCGACUUUCUAUGAUGACGAAUCGAAAGCCACCAUGCCACGUCAGUUACUUCGAAAUAUCUCAAGUACGAUUUUUGAUCCCGUGACGGGUGAUAGAACCGUUCUGACGCAAGACGGAUUGGUUUUUCCUUUCGUUCAUGUGUACACCGGAGGGGUGGGGAGGUGGGGAGUUCAUGCGGUGGCCGUCGAGCCCAUGUCGGGUAUGGCCGAUUGCUACAACAAUAUGAACGAUCUGGUUGUGUUGAACGGUCAGCAGACUUGGGUGGGAGAAUUCAAUGUGAAGCUUACUGACUGACUGCAUGACUUAGUCUGCACCAGUGAGCUAGUGCUCAAACAUCUAUACAUGAUUACUUGCUUGAGUCUUUGUGAUCUGGAUAGUAGAUGUGGCAAUGAUCUAUGUAUGUAGUCUAAGAGACUUGGUUGUUUUGUCUUGUCUUGAGCCAUUUGUUUGACAAUGUGGUUUUACUAUCUAUUGCUCUUCAUUACUACAUUGAUACAGUAACACUGUUGUCUAACAGAUCUUACUGGCACAUAUUAAUAUGUCUGAUU